CCCCGAAAAAGUCGGGUUUCUUCUGCUGCAGUCUAGAGUGUCGAGUGAACACGCCACCAAAAAUGUGUGUACAAAUAUACUUAAAAGAAAAAGACAUCCAUGUUUACCGCCCGUUGACGAAAAGAUACACAAAACUCCAUAGUAACUACUAGUGAAGAAACACAAGAAAAAUGGUCAGUUGUGAUGACUUGUUUUGUUCCAAACUUCCAAGUACUGCCAGACAUGCUCUCCACGUGGGGCUGCCCACAGAGAUUUUCCCCUUAGGUACAGCAGCAGCAAGCAAGUGCCCGAAACGCCAUUAAAACAUCAAGGAGCAGAGAGGGGCGCGCGGAGGAUGAAAACAAUCUAUUCACAUCGAUCUCCACUCGAUCAUCAACCGGAUAGAGAUGAGAAUGCAUUGGCGAGGACCCCCCCAAUCGUCGACUCGGCAUUCGGAAAAACCACCGCCGCCCUCCACCCUCUACUACAUGGAUCCCACCCUCGCACAAUAACAUGGGCCCUUACAUGUUUCGACGUCAAGAUUCCAUCAAAAGGAGAGAGACACACAAAGUCGAUUUCGUCACAGACACCACAAGCCAAAAAGUGAAAAGGGACCCACCGCCGCCACCGUCGUUGCCAUCCAUCCAUCCAGCAGCAGCUGCUUUUUAUUUUUCAAAGUCCAAAGUUUCUGUUUCGAAAAACCGUCGGAUGAAGAAAAAAAGAAUAGAGAGAGAGAGUGUGUGUUUGCAGCUCCUGGGCUGCGCUGUAUAGGCUGUAGGGGCCCCCCUCGUUCCAUUCCAUCUUAAUAAACAGCUAUAAAUACAGUCGACGCUGCCGCCGCUCGGUUGUCGGAGUUGCGGUGGGAUAUGGACGCGCACGGAUUUCAUCCCGUUAAGAUGGCCAAAGGCAUCGGCUGCUCCGUCACAUCAAGACGAGAAGAUGGACACGACUUAUUGUGUGUGCAGUCUGGAAAUACUAUCUGCAACCAAAGAUCUCGAAAGACUCAAGAAAGCGGAAGAAGAGGCACAAAGUCACGUCCUUUUCGGUCGCAGACUCUUGUUGGGGACACUCAAUUUCUCUCUCCGUUGUCCAAUAGACGAGAGGUUUUUAACGGGCGCUGGUAGUUGUAUGGGGGGGGGGGGCUUAAAAAACUACGUGCAUUAGCGUGUUAGCGUCAGGAGCCAUCUUCAAUUUUUCGUCAUCCCCCACCAGAAAAAAAAUAAAAAGAGGAUAACUUUUUUUCUUCUUCUAUUCUAAAAAAGCCAUGCAGACUGUAGGUCUUGUUCCAUCUGAUUAUAACUAGACGCUGUGUGCUCCGCUUGGGAAACAAUUGGAGAGCUGCUCUCAGCGGUGGGGGGAAUCAAAAUAAUAACGACGUUGGGGGAUAUGUUUGAGCGCAGCCGCUCGGCGACCCAAUGUUAAACUCGUAAGGGUCUCUCUCUCUCUGCUCUUUGCCCGCCGCUGUUUUGUCGUUCAUGUCGUGAUGAGCCACACACAAAGAUCAAAAGAGCUAGCUAGAGAAUCGAGACAAACAUCAAAUACGUUGGUGACCAUUUCCUGACGAUUUUUAAAAAGGUUUUUUUCUGGCUGUUGUUUUUUGUUUUUUUCUAGCCCAGCACGAUCUCUCCCUCCCAGGGUAAUACGAUAAAAAAAAAGAGACCCAUGACUUUGUUUAGUUGAAUGUCGACCCUGAUAUUUCCAUUUCUAUGUAAUAGGCCUCGAUGAGAGACAAGAAAACGAAAGGAUUUUCUCCGCUCAAAUGGGAGACGAGAGAAAAAUCUUUUGUUUUCUUUACGAGCUAUUAAAACAUGUGAGCGUGAAUCAAUCCACCUCGUAUAUAACAUAAUAAUGACCUCCGAGCGCCGUGGAGAGCGCCACAAGGCAGGUUUUCUUGUCUAUAUAACGUGUGUUGUACAAAAAAGAAAAAAAGAUCUCCCACGAUUAAUACCCAAGAUAUAUCAAAACCUCACCCGGUGGGGGCUCGGCGUAGUAGGACCACCCCAUAUGCGCUAUACGCAACUAUACGCGCGCUCGCUAGAUUUUCUCCUUUAAGGGCACCCUAAUAGACGCCAACAACAUGGCUUUUGGGGAUAUUUGGCGUGUCCGUUUCUGUUGUUUUUGUUGUUUUGUGUCUGUCCAGCAGUCGGGGCUCGAUUCUUCUUCUUUUUCGGUCGACUAGUUGCAUUUCUCGCGCGAGUUCGUUAGCCGCAACUGUCUACGUGCGCGCGUUUGUAUCCAAAACUAAACGCGAGCUAUUCAUUAGUCGAUCGAUGGCAUCACAACGGCAACAACAACAAUCUCGAAAAAAUACAAGAGCCAAUUGAUGGAUCGUCUGAUUGAUCCUUUUGUAUGCAGAUAUUCCAUCAUUUGAUCAUUUCCGCCUGAUGAAUUGAUGUGACGACGGCCUGGGCGGCGCGGUUAAUGUGCUCUUGUGUGUGUGCACACUCCCUCUUUGAUAUAGCCAGACUGGUUACUGUAUUGUUUUUUUCUCUUUUUUCCAUUCCGACUUCCUUGGAGGUUUGGUUAUUUUUUUAUCGCUUCUCUUUCGGUCGUGAUUCGAUUCUAGCGUGAUGCCGACAUCAAUAGAUCUCUUUUGCGUUUCUUCUAUUAUUCGGCCAAACUUCCUUUUCUUCUCCGCCGCAACAACAAUUGCAUCCGACUAGCUGGCAGAUGAGGGGAAGAAUGGGAGAAGAAGAAGAAGAAGACUCCCCAAGACACAAUACGUUUAUUGACCGAACGCCGACUAAUUCAUUUGGAAUCACUUCUUGGAAUGGAGUAGAGAAGAGAAGAAGAGGAAAACGGCCACAGCACGAGAUGGGCGCCGCGUUCGAAGAUGAAUUGUCGGCAAGAAUGUUUCAUAUUUGCUUAUUUACUUCACAGACUUGAACCAACCGCGAGAGAAGGAAGAAGAAGAAGAAGAAAGGAAAGAUAAGAAAGGAGAGACUCACUUAUUGUGUUUGUGUUUCUCUCACUCGUCGACUCUUUUUUAAAAAAAUUUUCUUUUUCUUUUUACCCAAACAAAUUUUUCUUGUGCGAGGUGUAUGGGAAUAUACGUAGCGGCGCUGUUGCAACACGCAGAAUGAGCCGGGCAGACUUGGAAGAGGAAAAAUGGAUAAUAUACCUGAUGGGGCGGGAACCGUUUCUCUUCUUCUCCUAUUCCUUCCUGACUCGACCGGGGAAUAGGUGACGCCCUCCUCCUCUUUUCCCACCACCACCACCACCACCAGACAACACACACACACCAUAGCCCGGCUGUUCCUUCUUCGACAGUGGGUGGUGAGUAGGAGAACCUAGCUCUCCCCCCCCAUCCAGCUCCCAUCCUGUCCUAUACCGACCUCCUGCGCUGUUGCUCGCGCUCGGGCCUCGCUUUUCCUCCUGUCUCUCCGAUGUUUCAAUCAGUUGCUUUCCUAACGUGGACUGUAGCGGACGUGUAGAAACAAAAAUCACCUCUCGCACACACACACAAACACAGACUGAGAAAAAGAAAAAACAGUUUUUGGGUUGUUGCAUUCUACUGACUCAUUGGCCCGUCAUUUGAAUUGUUCUUCCAGUUCAUCUCGCAGGUGUUCAUCUCUCAACUCUCUCACACCCCGUGAAAGAAAAGGAAAGAAAAGUUUGGUUGGUUCAAAAGAAGAAAAGAAAAGGACCUCCAAUUUAUUUUCAAAUUCACCGGUCAUCAGUUUUGAACAAUUGCUACCCACAACCUGUGCGCCGCUCCGGUUUCUUUGAAAAUGGAAUUACGAUUCGCCGUGGUGGUGGUGUUCUUCAUCUUUGCCGCCUUCUGCAUCCACACCUCUCACAGCCAAGGGAUGCAGCAAUUCGACCGCGAACCGCAGUACACCGAAGCCAAUCCCGGAGAGAUCGUGAUCAUGCCUUGCAGAGUCUUCAACAAGAAAGGCCAAUGCGUCUGGCAGAAAGAUGGCAAGCCCGUCGGAAUUUACCCUGGGAAAUACGAAUGGGUUAGCUCACCUGAUUUGGGCGAUUGCAGCCUACGGAUAUCCGCCGCCCGAGCCGAUCUGGAUGCCGGUGAAUGGGAAUGCCAGGUAACCGCAUCGUCAUUCGAUGCGCAGGACGCCUUGACCUCCGACCCGGCCCGGCUCGUCGUUCGAGUUCCUCCGAGUCCUCCUCAACUGGAAGUGGAAUUGAGCCCGAUCGCCGACGGUGGCAACCUCACCUUGUCUGCGGGUAAAGAGGCCACAGUUCGAUGCUUGAGCCGCGGUGGCAAUCCGGCCGCCAACGUCAAGUGGUUCCUCGAUGAUCGUGAACUCGUCGGCCAGUACAACCAGACCAACACGACCGACAUUGGCAAGGUCAAAACGUGGAUGGCCGUCUCGACGCUGACCUACACCUUCAACAAGACGGAUCACUCGAAAUUACUGAGGUGCGUCGCCCUCCACGAGGCCUAUCCGACCAAAAGCCGCGAGUCAUCCGUCACGCUCGACAUCCACUACGCCCCGGAAGUGACGCUGGUUGGGACUCCGACGGUCGACCUGGAAGAGAACAUCGACUCUGUUUCGUUGCGAUGCCGGGCGGACGCCAACCCGCCGGCCACUGUGAUUUGGCGCCGCGUUGGCGGCAAUCCGUCGCUGUCGAACAAAUCUCCCGUGGCCAGCAUGGGUGACAUUUACAGUUUCCAGGAGAUCCUGGAAUUCUCGCCCGUCACGCGCAAAGAUUCCGCCACCUACUCGUGCGAAGCCAAGAACACGAUUGGAACCUCGAAUCUCAUCACGAUUCCCAUCGACAUCAAAUACUCACCGAUGAUUGUCAACGUCGGGCCGGCUGUUAGCCAACAAUUGACGGUCACGCUAUACGAGUCGACUCGGCUCGAGUGUCAGGCGGAAGGCAACCCGCAGCCGCGCUACCAGUGGCUCCACAGGCGACCCAAGGACGGCGAAGAGGAUAUUGUCAUCCGGUCGGAAGACCGUUACUUGCACAUCACCAACGUGACGUACGAACACCAGGGCGAGUACAUUUGCAUCGCCACCAGCACCAUCAACGGCCUGGAGCGGAUGGUCCAGAGUGAAGCCAUUACCCUCCGAGUUGUAGGACCUCCACAAGUUUUGAACGAAGUUUCGUCGCGAUUCAUUUCGGUGGAACGCGGCGACGAUGCCGUCAUCCGGGCCGUCUUCUGCGCUGAUCCACGUCCGAUCCGGGUCUCUUGGCGCUGGGCCGCCUUCCAGAUGGAGGCCGGCAGCGGCAGCGGUCGCUUCGUUGCCGAGGCUCUGCACAAGGUCUCACCUGCUAUCCUACCCACCCCGCCCGCCAUUGUCGAGCUUGUGGGCGAGGACGAGGAUGACGAGGAUGAUGUGAUGGGCAACACCGAAUCCAGCAAUACCAAUUCGGCUUACGACACUGCAAUUAUCGAGAACACCAGCACGUCCAGCACAAUGCACCAUCCACGUAGUUUAGAAGUCGUACCCACCGCUCAGUCUUUGGUUGCACGUCCGCCUCAGGCCGUUUUCACUUAUCCGGGGAAGCGAGACGAAUGCUACGAGACGCGCUUACGUAUCCAGCGCGUCGAAAUGAACGACGCCCGUCACUACUAUUUGACCGUGGAGAACGACAAAGGCUCGGAUACUUUCUACGUCACUCUGACCGUCAAAGUAGAACCUGUUUCCAUGGCAACUGUAAUCGCCGUGGUGAUCGCCUGUCUCUUCCUCAUCAUCGUUGUCACGCUCUGCCUCCUCUACGCCUACCGAUCCGAGAGAUGCUGUUUCGACCGUAAGGGCGGCUCCAAGUCGACCGAUCUGGAAAGUAUGAAGAGUGAUGUGGAAAGUGUACAUAGUAGCAGUCAGUGUAGCAGCAGCGGCAACAACAGCGCCACCAGCCAGACGAGCAUCAAUCGCGGAGGAACUCAGCGGAGCAGCAGCAUCGGCCAGACAAAGUGCCAUAAAGCAUUGGGAACGGCGGUAUCGGAUUCCCGGGGUCUGCUCUACGCGGACCUGCAGUUGCCAAAAACCAGCAAUAACGGCUCGAUGAAGGUGAAGAAUCACCACAGACAUCUUCACAAUUUGCCAACGUCUUCGUCGUCCUCUUCGACUGGCACUUCGUCGCCGCAACAGCAAUGGAGCCAAUUGAACCGAACCAAUUUUUCCGACCGGUCACUGGAUCAGACCAUCGAUACAUUAGACACAUCUCUAGAUCGAUCUCAUUCUAAAGUCGAUGUUUAAAACCACAAAACAAUAAAGUGACAAGUCAAAUUUGAAAAUGCCCAUGCCUAUUAUAAAUACGUGUACAAAACAUUUUUUUCUUAAUUUCUUUUACAAGAUUUGUGUGUGUGUCUAGUUGUGUGUACGUGAAAUACUUUCAUGUCUAUUUUUUUUCCGUUUCCCCCCCCCUAAUUUUACGACUUUUAAAAAUGUUUGAAACUAUAAUACAAAAGACCAAAAUAACAAUUUAACACGAUGAUGUGAAAGUGACAAACGGCUCGAGAGAACCGAAAUUCUUAAAUAAACAGCCCAAGGAAUCGUGAAAAUGUAAA